AAUCUUCCGUCUGCACUGUCGCACUGACUGCACCCGUCACCAACUCGCAGACGCUCCGCUCCCGUCGCGGCCUCGCCCCCCUUUGCUUCGCUCAAGACCGCAUCCUCUCUCCGACUCCCGAUCGAUCGCCUCCCGGAGCGCACCCACACCUGCAGCAGGAAUGGAGAAGUAUCACUGCGACGCUCGAUUUGCAGCCUUCAAAGACACUCCAUUUGCUCUUCGUGGUGCCCUCGGUAUCCCCAACUCAUCUUUCGAUAGCAUGGAUGGCUUUAGAGACUUCUCAAGCAUUAGGCAAGCAAGGUCAUAUGCAUCUUGUCCUCUAGUAGCUGGGCACCUGAAGGUGUCUCCAUCUGAAAGCCGAUCCCUGCACGCAAGUCGUUCCCUGUCAGGUCCUGUUGCAAACCGUCCACUGUCUCCCCAUCUUCCGCUGAAGAAGCCACAGUUGAGCGCUACUUUCUCAAUCUCGCACCGUAUAUUUGGUGUUGCGCUGGGUGCUGCGAUAAUAUCGGUUCCUUUCGCUACCGAGUUCAGCCUCAUGUUUGAUGUUUGAGCAGAAAUGCGGCCUGGAAUAAUGAAAUUUUGACAAGUCCCUGUCUCGCUGUCUGGACAUAGUGUGACUAUAGGAGAUGUUGUGAAAGCAUCAUAUCAUGAAUGCAAAUGGUUAUAAAUAAUGAGGUAACCAAUGAUCAGUGUGAAAACGAGCUCAUUUUGAAUGUCCUUUCUCGCGAUGUCUGCAAAAUUUGAAUUAGAUUGCUUUGGUUCAAUAUUUUCCCUACACGUGCAGAACAUUCAGUUCCAUUGUUUCUUAAUGACAUGGUGCUUGUACAUCACUGUUACGUUUGUUCUUUUUCA